AUGACGACGCGCGCGGGCGCGGAGUGCCGCGCCGCGGACAGCGUCCCCGGCGCGGUCGUCUUCGACGCGGUGGGCACUGUCUCCUUCGGCGGCGACGGCGACGCGAGCGCUCUCGAUCCCCCGCCCGGGCACGCCAAGCUCGUCGCGGCGUCGAGCAAGCACGGCGUCGUGUGCUACGCGGACGCGCGCGGCGUGUACGCGAUCGAGACGGACGUCCUGUGCGACGUCGCGAGCGCGCUCAAGGAGAAGGUCCCCGCGGAGCAGGUGGUCCCGCGCGACGCGCGAGGGUUCACGCCGAUGCGACGCGUCUCGCACGUGAGCUUCAGCGCGGACGAGACCGUCCUCGCGGCGUGCGUCGGCGGCGUCGUGCACUUGUUCGAGACGCGGGCGAUCCUCGAGAGCGCGCGCGCGCGCGGCGAGGCGCGCGCGUUUCGCGCGCAGACGCUCGGCGACGACGACGACGACGACGACGCCGCGCGCGUCGUGCGAGAUCUGCAGUGGCUCCCGGAGCGCACGUCGAGGGCGGGGUACCUCGCGCUGCUCGUCCACGACGGCGACGACGACGAGCGCGCGGGGGGCAGCCUGAUCGUCGGCAGCGCGGCGACGGAGGAUCAAGACGCGGAGCAGACGGCGAUCGCGGAGAACGUCGUCGCGUUCGCGGUCGCGCCGGGCGACGACGACGACGACGCCGCGAUCGUCGCGUGGUCCGAACGCGGCGCCGGCGUCGUCCUCGCGAAGCUGACCGACCAGGGGUACUCCGCGGAGAUGCGUCGCGUCGAGAUCGGGCCGAUCGACGACGGCGGCGGCGACGGCGCGGUCGAGGUGGCGAUCGACGGCCUCGCGUUCGGGCCGCGGCCGGGACUGACGCUCCUGGCGACGGCUACGUUGACGACGGACGCGCGCGCGCAUCACCUCUUGUGCCUCGACGCGGGCGCCGGCGACGUCGUCUACGGCGGCGGCGGCGCGACGCCGCCGCCGGCGACGCUGCACCGCCUGGAGGGCGCGUUCGCGAUGUCGUACGACGUGGACGAUCUGCGCGGGCCGUUCCUGCACGCGGCGGCGAUCGACGCGUGGGGGGUAUCGCUGGCGUGUCACCGCAAGGCGGAGGACAACCAGGUGUGCGUCGUUCGAUGCGCGGGACGCGGCGACGCGGACGGUCCGUGCGUCCUCGAGGUCGAGGACGACAGGUGCGUGCCGUCGAUCCCGCUCGCGGGGGAGGACGAGGACGACGAGAACUUCGUCGUCGGCGUCGCGGUGGAUCACACGGGGGCGGGAGGACGCAUGCUUCACCCGGCGGACAAGUCGCGGGAUAAACUGCCGCAAGGGCCGACGGUGUUCGUCGCGACCGCGGACGCGAAGCUCGUCGUCAUGCGGUUAGGGAACUUGGACGACGCGAAGGCGAGCGAGUACGCGAGCGCGUGCGUCGAGGCCGCGACGAAGGAGGUUCCGGCGGCGUGGGCGGCGACCGCGACGUCGCCGACGACGUCGCCGGGGAUGAAGAAGAAGGAAGCGGCGCCCGCGCUCGCGCCCGCGCCCGCGCCCGCGCCCGCGCCCGCGCCCGCGCCGACGACGGGUGGUUUCAACAGCGCGUUCCUCGCGAAAGCGAACGCGGGGUACGCUGCGGCGCAGAAGGCGCUUCAGGACGAUUUGGACAAGGCGGCCGCGCCCCCGGCGGCGGCGCCGAACCCGUUCCUGUCGUCCGCGGCGGCGGCGCCCGCGGUGGGGCCGUUUACGUUUCCGUCAGCCUCGGCCGCGCCCGCGAAGCCGUUCGCGUUCCCGUCGAGCGCGCCCAGCGCGCCCGCGGCGGGCGGGUUCACGUUCGCGCCGCCCGCGUCGACGCCCGCGGCGUCACCCUCGAGCGCGCCGAGCGCGUCCAGCGCGCCCGCGGCGGGCGGGUUCACGUUCGCGCCAUCGGCUUCGACGCCCGCGGCGGGCGGGUUCACGUUCGCGCCGCCGCCGGCGUCCGCGCCCGCGGUCGCGCCGUUCGCGCCGCCGCCGGCGCAGGCCCCGCCGCCGCUGAAACCGGCUCUGGCGCCGUUCGCGCCGCCUCCGGUCGCGGCCCCGGCGCCGCCGAAACCGCCGCCGCCUCCGAAACAGUCGCCGCCACCGCCGACGCCGCCGGCCGCGACGCCGCAACCGGCGGCGCCGCCGUCGACGCCGAUCGACGCCCCUCCCGCGUCGCAAGACCAGGUCGACUUCGGUCUCCGACUCCUGGAGGCGGUGAAAGCCGGGUCGCUCGACCUCGAGUCCGCGCAGAAGCAGCUGAAGGAUCUGAUGGUGUCCGGGACGCCGCCGCCGCCGUCGCCGAAGUUGGACGCGAAGACGUCCCCGCUGGCGAAGACGCCGACGCUUCCCGCGAGCGCGUCGCCGUUGCCGAAGAUGCCGAAAGGGUUCACCCCGGUCAAGGUGACGGACGCCGACGCCGCGCCGGCGCCGCCGAGCCCGACGCCGACGUGGGGCCAGAAAGUCGCGGCGAUUCGCGCGGCGGCGUCCGCGCCUCCGUCCGCGCUCCCCGGGAGCGACCCGGGCGCGAACGGACUCAAGGCUAUCAUGGACGACAUCAACGCCGCGAUGGAGGAAGCCGCGGCGAUGCUCGCGGACGUGGACGACGUCGCGACCGCGAUCGAGACCGAGAGCGGCGCCGGCCCGUUCGGCGCCGGAGAGGUCGCGGCGCUGGCGUCCGAGGCGGAGACGCUGUCGCGAGCCGUGCGCGACGAGAUCGAGGCCGUGGGGGACCUGCGCCCGGGCGUCGCGGAGGUCAUGGCGGAGAACACGAGGGACGAGACGAUGCGCGCGGAGCUCGAGUCUCUGUUUGAACGCGCGGCGGAGGACGCGGAGAACGCCGCCGCGGAGGAGGAGGAGGAAAAAGAAGAAGCCGCGCGCGCGGGCGGCUCCGCGCGGAAAGAGCGCUGGGGCCCGAAAGUUUUAGCCGCCGCGGCGACGCGGCCGCUGCCGCCGACGCUCGAUAAGCUUCGAAGCACGAUCAGCGAGGACAUGUCGCGUUUGACGUCCGGGAUGGCGAAGCUCGAAGCCGAACUUUCCGCGGCGGAGCGCGAGCGUAAAAGACGCGCCGCGGAGUCGCAAGGAAAGGAGCAGACGCCGCCGGCGACGACGCUGCCGUGGGGCCCGUCCGGGGCGACGAGCAUGCCGAACGCGGGGUCGCUGCGCGGCUCCACCGCGGCGUCGCCGCUGCCGAAGUCGCUGCUCGCCGCGGGCGGACGCCGGUCUCCGGGGGGCGUCGCCGCGCUGGGAAAUUCUUUCGGCGGCGUUCGAGGCGGCGUCCGAGGCACGCUCGUCAGCAGUAACGGACGUAACGCGCGCGUUUUAGCCGCCGCGAGCGUCCCCUCCGCGUCCACGCGCGCGGGAGGCCGACCCCCAGUCGGGGACGACACCGCGGAGACGAUGCGAGAGCUGCGACGACGACGCGAGCUCAUCGACGCGCAGACGAAAAAACUCGAGGAGGUGCUCGCGCGCGUGCGCGUCGGCGGCGACGCGUCGCGGCCGUUGCCGAGCGAUAAAGGUUCGCCCGCGGCGUCGACGGCGUCGUCGCAGAAGUCGCCGAGCGGCGGCGCGACCGGCGCGGCGUCGCCCGCGGCGUCGUCCCUGGGCGCGUUCUCGCCCGUGUCGAGGUUCGCCGGCGCGCGAGACGACGACGACGAUGACGACGAUCGCGGGAUGCACCUCGCGGCGCCGUCGCCGCGGUCCCCGAGCGGCUCGCGACGGCUCACCGCGCCCUCGGAGACGGAUCAUUCCGAGGAGAGCGCGGUCGUGCGCGCGGUGCUGUCCAGGAUCUCCGCGCCGAGGGUGACGUCCACAGCGAAGAAGGCGCCGCCGCCGACGGAGACGACGCGACGCGCGCGGCCGACGUUCACGACGUCCUCGCCCGUCCCGCCGCCGCCGGCGUUUCCUCUGAAGACGCCCGCGCCCGCGCCCGCGCCGGCGUUCGGUGGGUUCGGAGGGGCGGCGACGCCGGCGGCGGAGACGCCGAAGCCGGCGGGGGGCUUCAGCUUUGGCGCGCCGGCGGCGGCGCCGCCGGCGGAGGUUGCGAAACCGCCACCCGCCGCCGCGCCGCCGCCGCCGCCGCCGCCGGCGGCGGCGGCCACCGCUCCCGCGCCCACUCCCGCGACCGCGCCCAAGCCGGCGACCGCGGGCGGGUUCGGCGCCGCCUUCCUCGCGAAAGCGAACGCGGGGUACGCCGCGGCGCAGAAGGCGCUUGAGGACGAUUUGGACAAGGCGGCGGGGAAGAUGUGUUCGCCCGCCGCGCCGAAGCCCGCGACCGGCGCGCCCGCGUUUGGUUUCGGAGCCGCGACGACCGCGCCCGCGACGACCGGGUUCUCGUUCGGCGGCGCGUCCGCGGCCGCGGCUGCGAGCGCGCCCAAGGUGACGUUCGGCGUCGCGCCGGCGUCGUCCGCGGCGGCGAGCGCGCCGUCGUUCGGGGGGCUCGCCGGGACGACGACGACGACGGCGGCGACGUCGACGUUUUCCUUUGGCAGCGCGCCCGCGGCGGGCGGCGUUCCGGCGUUUGGAGCCGCGCCCGCGUCCUCCGCGGCCGCGGUCGUCGAGCCCGAGAAGCCGAAACCCGCGGAACCGGAGAAGAAGCCGGACGCCGCGGCGCCGGAGACACCGAAACCCGCCGGCGGGUUCGGCGCCGCGUUCCUCGCGAAAGCGAACGCGGGGUACGCCGCGGCGCAGAAGGCGCUGCAAGACGACCUAGACGACGCCGCUGGAAAGACGCCGGCGGCGACAGCCCCGGCGACAGCCCCGGCGGCGACAGCCCCGGCGACAGCCCCGGCGAGCACCCCCUCGGCGGCGGCGGCCGCGUUUGGCUUCGCCGCGGGAACCUCCGCGGCGCCGGGCGGGUUCUCCUUCGGCGCCGCGCCCGCCGCGUCGUCGGGGGCGGCCGCGAGCGCGGCGUCGCUCGCGCCCGCGACGACGACCGCAGCGACGACGAAGUUCUCGUUUGGCGCCGCGCCGGCAGCGGCAUCGAGCGCGGCGGCGUCCAGCGACGCCGCGACGACGACCGCGGCGACGACGAAGUUCUCGUUUGGCGCCGCGCCGGCAGCGGCAUCGAGCGCGGCGGCGUCCAGCGACGCCACGACGACGACCGCAGCGACGACGAAGUUCUCGUUUGGCGCCGCGCCGGCGGCGGCAUCGAGCGCGGCGGCGUCCAGCGACGCCGCGACGACGACCGCGGCGACGACUGCGAAGUUCUCGUUUGGCGCCGCGCCGGCGGCGGCAUCGAGCGCGGCGGCGUCCAGCGACGCCGCGACGACGACCGCGGCGACGACUGCGAAGUUCUCGUUUGGCGCCGCGCCGGCGGCGGCAUCGAGCGCGGCGGCGUCCAGCGACGCCGCGACGACGACCGCGGCGACGACUGCGAAGUUCUCGUUUGGCGCCGCGCCGGCGGCGGCAUCGAGCGCGGCGGCGUCCAGCGACGCCGCGACGACGACCGCGGCGACGACUGCGAAGUUCUCGUUUGGCGCCGCGCCGGCGGCGGCAUCGAGCGCGGCGGCGUCCAGCGACGCCGCGCCGCCGCCGGCGGCGACGACUGCGACGUUUUCUUUCGGCGGCGCGGCAGCGGGAAGCGCUCCAGCCUUCGGCGCGUCUUCGGCGGCGGCGACGCCCGCGGUUGGGGCGUCGUCGACCGCCGCCGCGAGCGCCGCGGCGCCUGCGUUUGGAUCGACGGCCGCGACGCCGGCGCCGGCGACGUUUUCGUUCGGCGGCGCGGGCGCCGCGAGCGCCCCGGCGUUCGGCGGGGCGUCUUCCGCGGCGGCGGCGGCCUUAGCAGCGGCGGCGCCCGCGCCCGCGCCCGCGCCCGCGCCCGCGCUCGCUAUUCCCGCGUCGCCGUCCACGGCGUCGCCGCCGGCGUCGCCCGCGGCGCCGCCGUCCGCGCCCGCGACGCCCGGCGCGUCGGAGACGCCGAAACCGGCGGCGGCGAAACCGGCGGCGACGACCGGCGGGUUCAACGCCGCGUUCCUCGCCAAGGCCAACACCGGAUACGCCGCCGCGCAAAAGGCGCUGCAGGACGACCUCGCCAAAGCCGGCGGCGCGGCCGCGGCGGCGACGUCGCCGACGCCCGCGACCGCGACGCCCGCGUUCGGCGGGCUCGCCGCGGCGUCGACGAGCGCGAGCCCGUUCGGCGGCGCGACGGCGUCCGCGUUCGGGGCGUCCUCCGCGGCGGCGAAGCCGUCGAUUUUCGGCGCGGCGGCGACGCCCGCGGCGACGACGUCCGCGUUCGGCGCGGCGGCGGCGACGCCGAGCGCGUUCGGAGCCGCGAGCGCGUCCACGGGCUCGGCGUUCGGAGCCGCGAGCGCGUCCACGGGCUCGGCGUUCGGAGGCGCGAGCGCGUUCGGCGCGAAGCCCUCCGCGUUCGGCCAAGCCGCGACGACGGGCGCGGCGGCGGCGUCGCCGUUCGGGCUCGCCGCGGCGGCGACCUCCGCGUCGCCGUUCGGCCAGGCCGCGGCGGCGUCGACGCCUUUCGGUGGCGGCGCGUCCGCGGCCGCGCCCUCCGCGGUGACGUCCGGGUUUGGAAGCUUCGGCCUCGGCGGGUCCGCAUCCGCCGCCGCGGCGCCGGCGAGCGCGGGGGGCGGAAACGUCUUCGGAAAAGGCCUCGGCGCCGCGCUCGGCGCGACGACCCCGGCGGCGGCGUCGCCGUUCGGUGGCGCGAGCGCCGGUGGAGCGUUCGGGAGCACCGGCGGGGCGUUCGGGAGCACCGGCGGAGCGUUCGGGAGCACCGGCGGAGCGUUCGGCGGCGCGUCCACCGGGUCCGCGUUCGGCGCGGCGGCGACGACGAGCGCGUUCGGCGCCGCGGCCACGGGAUCCGCGUUUGGCGCCGCGGCCACGGGAUCCGCCUUCGGCGCCGCGGCCACGGGAUCCGCCUUCGGCGCCCCGGCCACGGGCUCCGCGUUUGGCGCCCCGGCCACGGGCUUCGCCUUCGGCGGCGGCGGGGGCGGCGCCUUCGGCGGAUCCGGCGGAUCCGGCGCGCCGAGCUCGCCGUCUUCGCCGUUCGGCCAAGCCGCGGGCGCGAGCGCGAGCCCCGGCGGCGCGUUCGGAACCCCCGCGAAGCUCGGCGCCGCGAGCCCUUUCGGCGGCGGCGGCGUGUCCACGUCCGGCGGGUUCGGUCAGCCGUCCGCGCUCGGCGCCGCCGCGGCCGCGCCGUUCGGCGGCGGCGGCGUCGCGAAGCCGGCCGCGUUCGGGCAGGCGGCGUCUCCCGGGUUCGGGCAGGCGGCGUCGCCGACGGGCGGCGGCGGCGCCUUCGGCGCGGUGCCGGGCGCGACCGCGAGCGGAUUCGGCGCGUUCGCGACGGCGGGGACCGGCUUCGGCGCCGCCGCGUCCGGCGGCGGCGGCGGCUUCGGCGCCGUCGCUCAGCAGGGCGGCGGCGGCGGGAGCGGCGCGUUCGGCGGCGGCGGCGGGAGCGGCGCGUUCGGCGGCGGCGGCGGCGGGAGCGGCGCGUUCGGGACGCCGGGAGGCGGCGGCGGGGGAGGGUUCGGCGGCGGAUCGGCGGCGAGUCCGUUCGGCGCGGCGCCGGCGAGUCCGUUCGGCGCGGCGGCGACGCCCGGCGCGGGAGGGUUCGGCGGCGUCGGCGGGUUCGGCGCGUCGCCGCUCACGUCGCAGCCGAGCGGCGGGUUCGGGCAGCAGACGAGCGCGUUCGGGCAAGGCGGAGCCGCGAAGCCGACCAACGCGUUCACGCAGAUGCGGAGAUAGAGAACGUGCGCGGCGUUGAAAUCGAACAGAAACUCUUUAAUAAUAACGUACGUUGUACUU